AUGGCGCUGAUCGUUUACUGGUACGAUUUCAUCUGCUUUGGUAUAGUACUGGCUGCAAUCGUUGCGUCCUUGUGGCUUCUGUUGCGCAGAGAAAGAGGCUGCAUAGACGUUGAAGAUACGACGCACAAUAGCUUGCUACAGCCUAGAUCAGGGUCAGAGAGCCUUGGUUUGGCUCGGUUAUGGACGAGCUGCUGGAGAGGGUUACAUCCUGGCUGGCUUCUCUUCACGCGUUCCAUCUCUUUUCUCUCCAUGGCUGCUUUAUUGGCUUGGGACGUCUUGAAGUGGGACGCAAGCAUCUUCGUCUAUUACACUGAGUGA